AUGUCACAAUCCCUACUUCUACUCCCUCAACACCCCGCACCAGCUACAAUUGCAACCCUCAGUGCGGCUUAUCAUUCAUCAAUAUCUGCAGUUCUUUCAAAUCUCAAAAAUUCAUCAUCCAGGACGAAGCUUAUAAUCGCACUUGCGUCGUCAAAUUUUCAUGAUCGAUUGAAAGCCCCAAGGUCCCAAAUAUACAAUGAUGCAGAGAAGCUAUUGGGUGGUGUUUACAGCCUGAUUUGUUCAAUAUGUGCCAAGGACGAUGUCGAUAUCGCAUCAGAGUCACCUGGAGCUGUGGAUUUCUGUAUUAUUUUGUUGGAUUAUGAUUCUUCUCGUUUUCUCAAUAAGAGCUCUGGACGUGAUGUCAGUCUUGGGGUUUUAGCCGGAGGUCCUAUCGUUGAACUCCCUCUGUUAGCAAGUACACGACGCCAUUGGAAUAAGAUAUUCUCAGUGGAAGGCGAGGGAGGACAGAACUUACUUGGAGACUUUUUACAUUUCGCGAAUGGAAUUAGUCCUCCUUUACGUACAGAAUUUCAAAUGGUCAGUGGUGGAGUGAGCAUGGUUCACACAACUUCUCAGUCCAUCCAACCAAACUCUUCUACCUUUCAUAUUGUGGUAGCGGUCGGUGGCACGUUUGAUCACCUUCAUGCGGGGCACAAGCUCUUGCUUACAGCUACGGCACUUUUACUACAACCAGCCGCCGGCCUCCAGGACCCUCCCCGGAGAUUGAUUGUUGGUAUUACAGGGGAUGAAUUGCUGAAAAAAAAGAAAUAUGCUGAAUACUUACAAAGCUGGGAAGAACGACAAAGUGACGUCGUUGAAUUUCUUAUCUCGAUUCUAUCUUUCACACAGACUCAUCAGGAGGAAGCUAUUCAAACAGUUACUUUGGAUACCUCGAAUGGUCGAGCAAUACAUACGAAACUGAAGGCUUGCUCGAUCAACAUCGAGUGUGUUGAAAUUCAAGAUGCUUAUGGACCAACUAUCACUGAUGAAACUGUUACCGCACUCAUUGUAUCCGGAGAAACUAGGUCGGGUGGACAAGCAGUGAACGAUAGAAGAUUCGAGAAGGGUUGGCAGGCACUGGAUGUCUAUGAAGUUGAUGUACUUGACGCGCAAGAUGGUCUCGAGAUCACUCCUAAACCGGCGGAUUUUGCUUCCAAAAUUAGCAGUACUGCAAUAAGGAAGCAGAAGGCGGAUCGAGCCCAAAUGUCUUCACUCUAA